CCACCACGUGUCCGCAAGUGCCACAUCCACGCGGCUGUGAAAUCCCUCCGGGAUGGGCACUCCAGCCCUGCCCCGGGCAGGAAUUAUUCGGGGGGUUUAACCCCUUCCAGGCUGCGGGGGAUUGCUGCAGGAGAGGCUGGGCCGGGCAGGGCUGCAGCCCGUCGGAUGUGACUCAUCCUGGAGGCUCAUCCCGCUCCUCCCCUGCUCCGCCGGUGUCCCUCCGGUGUCCCCGCCGCCCGUGGGACCCUCGCUGCCAUCGGUACCGGCGUGGCUGAACCCGCUCCGGAGCCAGAACUGCCCCCGUGCCCUGCUCCCAGCCCCACAUGGAGCUGUCAGCGCAGGAUGGGGCUGAGGCAGCCCUGGAGGGGAGCCCCGAGGCUGAGGGCCCCUCUCCUCCCGCACAGGCAGCGCGGCUCUGGUCGGGCUCCCAGGUGGGCUCCUGGCUGGCGGAGCACGGCGGAGCGGCGGAGCUGGCUCGGGAGCACGCCCUGACGGGCCGGGCGCUGCUGCGCCUCAACGAGGGGUCCCUGCGGCGCAUGGGGGUCACCCCGCGGAGCCGCCGCCGGGAGCUGCUGCGGGAGCUGCUGCGGCUGCGGCUGCUGCAGGAGCUGCGAGAGCUGCGGAGCAUCGCUGCAGAGUGAAGAUGUCCCUGUGGAUGUCCCGGAGCGAGGACAAAGCAGCUGGGACUGAACAAAACACGCAGGAAUAGUUCUGGAGGAGCCCUGAGAUCACUGUGACCCCCUAAAAAACAUCUAGAGCCUGCCCUGUGCAGGAGUUGAUAAGGACAGCAGAACCCCAAAAAUCAAAUUUGAGGCUGGGCAGUUACCCCAAGCAAUGCCAGAACUGAUCUUGUGUGAAAUUGGGGAUCACAAACUCAAAGGCACUCAUUGGAGUGCUGAAAAACUUUUGAAAUGUUUGCAAAAAUCUGUGAUUGGGUCUAAAAUGGCUCAGACUGUGCAAUCAGGAACCCAACAAAGUGUAGUUGGUUAAGGAAACAACCCUAACAGGGCGAACAAAAUAAUGCUGGGAGGCAAAAAAUGUGGAAAUCUGGAAAUGUGCUGGGUGAGCCUUGGCAGGUUGAUUUUACUGAAUUGCCCAGACACAAGGGGGGUAAAAAUCCCUCCUAGUCCUGGUGGAUCCCUUUUCUGAAUGGCCAGAAAACUUCUCCUGUCACAGCAACCACGGUAGGGAAGGGAGUAAAGUACAAAUAAUUCCUAGAUUGGGGCUACCUUUGGGAAUGUCUUCAGAGAUUCCCAUUGUGAGAAACACAGCUCAAAAUUUAAAUUUUUUAUAAAAGCUUAUUAAGGGAUCAAAGGGACAAAAUGCAGCACUGGGUGUUUUGGUGAUCAGCCAAAAAACCACAUUGUGAGCUUCAAACAAUGUUCUUUACAUACUGUGACAUGACAGGGGUAAAUGCAUAUUCAUGAGAGUUUAUUCACAUUCAAACAUUCCUGUGAGUUUUCUGCUUGCGUUUAACCUUCUGACUUGUCUGCAUGCUAUCUUUCAGAUUAAAUAAAUAUAUUUUAUUAUGUUU